AUGGAUGGUACUGUGGAAUGUGAUGCAAGUAUAAUGGAUGCAACUACUUUAGGAUAUGGAGCUGUUGGUGCGAUCAAAGGUAUAAAGAAUCCAAUAAAAGUGGCACAUUGUUUGCUGACUGAAGAAAACAAAGGCUUGUUAUCACUUGGAAGAGUUCCCCCAUGUUUUCUAACUGGCGAUGGGGCAUAUACCUGGGCCAAAGAACAUGGAAUUGAAGAAAUUCAUCCAGAUAAAAUGAUCACAGAGAAUGCAUUGUCAUCCUUUAAGAAAUACAGACAAAAACUACUUACAUGUACUAAAAGAGACUGUGCAUCCACUGGAAAUGUGCAUAAAAAGAGGAAAACAGAUAUGGUGUGUAUAGAUAAUGAGCUUUUGGACACAGUUGGAGCUAUAUCUAUUGAUUGUCAUGGCAACAUUAGUAGUGCUGUUUCUAGUGGAGGUAUAUCACUAAAACAACCUGGUAGAGUAGGACAGGCAGCAGUGUAUGGAUGUGGUUGCUGGGCAAUGAAGUUAUCAACUACAUCAGUGGCUUCAAGUACAACAGGUUGUGGAGAACACCUAUUGAAGACAAUGCUGGCAAGAAAAUGUGUUGAAUCAGCACUGGGUAGUGAAUGUUUAGAUCAAGCCAUCAGGAAAGUGUUUCAGUGUGAUUUUCUAGGCAAGUCAUGUCUGAUUAUUUCCUAUUACAUUGAUUUGUAAAGUUUAGAGUAGUACAGAUGUGAUACAUGAGAUGUGGAAUGACAGUCUUAAAGCAUUCACAAAAUUAAUAUUCAAAAUAAAUGAUAUAUGGAACUCAAGGUCAAGAGUGAUCUCAAGU